CUUGUCUCUCUUUCUCAUUUGCGGUUCUCUGCCAAGAAAUUUUUUAGCAUUUUUAUUAUAUGAACUUUUGUUAUCAUUUUCUCUUCAGAUGAUGAAUUCUGAAGGCAACACCAAAUUUACCGCCAUCGACGAGCUUCAAAAAGCUGACGGGAGUUCGGAAUUUGAUCGACAAGCUGUUUGUUCUGUUCAUGAUCAGCUGGAAAAAUCCUCUGAAGGGCCUUUAACCGAUGAACAAAUGGCUAACCCAAACAGCAAAAACUGGCGAAAAUCGAACCUUUUCUUGGAGAUACCCACACGAACACUCGAAAAUGUGUCUCGUCCGGAAUUUGUACGGAUAAAAAUGCCACAAACUCCGGUUCGAACCCCCAAGAGAGUGAGCUUUGCAUUAACACCAAGUCCCGGUUCAAGACCAUCCAUAAAGAGUGUCCUGCCUAAUAAAGCUUCGACAGCAAUUGACUCACAAGAUAAAUCGUCGAUAUUUUUUUUGUCGAGAAUUUUCACUCCAAUCGGGAUAAAGACAACAUCGUCCCUCCCUGUUACCCCAAUCGGGAGUAGUUCGAAUCGGGACUCAUCUUGUGAUACAAAAGUAGUUCGUCGUAUGUCGAGAUCACUUUCUGUCCCGGCUCGCAACAAAAAGACCGAUCCUUACUUUCGUGUUAUUCCAUCUACUCCUAAAGCAAAACCUGAAAAUGAGGACUUGUUAAAGACCUCAACUUCAAAUGAUGAAAACAAUGAGAUCGAAGGUGAAGAUAUACCAAAAGAAGAAGCUGUUUGUCGAAUUUGUUUGGUCGAAUUAUGCGAAGGCGGAUUAAGUUUAAAGAUGGAAUGUAGCUGCAAAGGCGAACUUGCUCUGGCUCAUCAAGAAUGUGCCGUAAAAUGGUUUUCGAUUAAGGGUAACAAGAUUUGUGAUGUUUGCAAGCAACAAGUCGAAAAUCUACCCGUUACACUUCUAUGCAUUCAAAGCUCUAUUGAUCGAGCAAAAUUUAUAAACGAAUGCAGGGUUUGGGAGGACGUGCCGGUUUUAGUCAUUGUUAGCAUGCUAGCUUACUUUUGUUUUCUUGAGCAGCUUUUGGGUUAUUGCUGUAAGCGUCUAGAGGAAGCACACCACAUGUUUGAUGAAAUGCUUGUUGUUCUUGUUUUGUUCAUAGGGGUGCAAAGGCUGCGUUCUGUGCACGCGUGGCGUAGCAGAGGAGAUAUUGCUGGGUUUCGCGCCAGGAGCAUGACUCGGAGCUCAGAGAAAUGUGGUGGGGAUUUGAGGGGCGAUGCUGAAAUGGGUUUUUUGCGGCCGGCCACAGAGGAUUAUGUGGCGGAAGCUAUUGAGGCUGUGAGGGCUGGGAAAGUGAUUGCGGUGCCCACCGAUACCCUCUAUGGCUUUGCUUGUGAUGCUUGCUCGAUGGAAGCUGUUCAUCGGAUAUAUGAUAUCAAAGGGCGUAAACAUACUAGUCCUCUGGCAAUUAGUGUAGGAGAUGUUCAAGAUAUACCACGUUUUGCCACAACGGACCAUUUGCCUCCUGGCUUGCUCGAAUCCCUUCUCCCGGGACCUGUUACAGUUGUUCUAAAACGAGGAGAGUCAAGUAUCCUUGAGAAGUCUCUAAAUCCUGGACUAGAUAGCAUAGGUGUACGGGUGCCCGAUUCUAAUUUCAUUAGAUUAAUUUGCCGAGGUUCGGAGAGUGCUCUUGCCCUCACGAGUGCAAACCUUAGUGGCCAGCCGAGUAGUUUGGAUGUUAAAGAUUUCGAGAUUUUGUGGGGUCACUGUGCUUGCAUCUACAAUGGUGGUGUAAUUCCAUCGAGCCGUGCAGGAUCAACGGUUGUGGAUCUUACUAAGCUAGGACAGUAUAAAAUUCUAAGGCCCGGAAGUGCCGAAGAGGAGACUGUUGCAACUCUCGAGAGAUAUGGCCUUGUUGAAGAUAGAAAUGUUUCUUGACGAGAUUUCGGAUUUUCUCAUUCGACCUGUGAGAGUGUAUCUUACAGCUCGACGCCUUGUUGAAUUCGGAAAAUAUUUUACACUUUGGUCUUUUUUUUUUUUUCCAUGAGAACUUGCUUUUAAGAGGACAGUCAAGUUAAAUGGAGGUGUGUGAAGUCUGAGCUCGUCGAACUUAUCUAAUAAUUCAUGAAAUUACAACUAAGAAUCUAUUUUUUUAGCCUUAAUAAACCGAUAUGAGCUUGUUCGUUAACUAAAUGAGCUUGGAUUUGAUAAAUAAAUUGAGACGAACUCGAAGCUGAAUAGCUCUACUUACAUAGCCUUAUUAAUAAAUAAAUAAA